GUUGUAAACGUCCUCGCCGUGAAGGCGGGCUUGUUUCGCGCGCUUUUCUAAUCUGAGCCAGUUGCCAGUUAAAAAAAUAAUAUCGGAGCUGUUACGUUGAUUACGAUCGAUAAAGAUGGCGCCACAAGUGACAGCGGUGACGGAGCCGGUGACGCUGGGCGAGGGCCCGCACUGGGACCAUAGAGAACAGGCGCUCUACUUCGUUAGCAUUUUUGACCGCUCUAUCCAUAAAUACGUUCCUGCCACAAAGAAGCAUACGAGAUCUGUUCUAGAUGACUUAGUAGCCUUCAUAGUGCCAAUAGAAGGUAAACCCAACCACUUUGUGGUUGGUAUCAAGCGCCUUAUAGUCGAAGUAGUCUGGGACGGUCAGGAUGGUACCGCUAAAGUCAUCCGUACUAUCGCAGAGAUAGACAAACAUAACCCCGAGAACAGACUCAAUGAUGCCAAAGCUGAUCCUAGAGGACGACUAUUUGCUGGUACAAUGGGCUACGAAUAUGAACCUGGCAAAUUCUAUCACAAGAAAGGUGCAUUAUACCGCAUCGAUCCAGACGGCAAAGUGCACACAUUAGCUGAAAACAUCGAUAUCUCUAACGGACUUUGCUGGGAUAUUGAAGAAAAAGCGUUUUAUUACGCGGACUCAUUUGAAUAUGCGAUCAGACGAUACGAUUAUGAUAUUGAAACUGGUGAUAUUUCAAAUCCAAAAUUCGUAUUCAACUACAAGGACCACGGUUUGGAGGGAAUUGUCGAUGGUAUGACCAUAGACACGGAAGGUAACCUUUGGGUUGCCAACUUCGACGGUCAUCAGGUUAUAAAAAUCGAUCCGAAGAAAGGCAAACUUCUCCAGAAGAUUCGUAUCCCAGCUCUUCAAGUGACCUCCGCAACAUUCGGAGGUCCAAACAUGGACAUUUUGUACGUGACGUCAGCGUGUAUGAACCGCGGUGUGGAACAGAAGCCCCCUUGCGGGUCUACAUUCCAACUGACAGGUCUCGGAGUUAAAGGUCACCCGAACGCUAAUGCCAGAUUUAAUUAAAAUUAUUGUGAUUAUA